AUGGACGGAACCAAAGUCCAGAGCAUCCGGGACGAAGUGACCUGUCCCGUGUGCCUCGAUUUCUUUCGGAACCCCGUGAUCAUCGGCUGCGGACACUCCUUCUGCUGGAGAUGCAUCAGUGGGUGGGCAGAAGCAGAGUUUCAAGCUGGAUUUCCCUGCCCCGAAUGCAGGGCCCCCUGCCCCAGAGGCCCUUUCCCACCCAACUGGCGUCUGAGGAAACUCACGGACAUUAUCCAACACCACAACCUGGGCAUGAAGGCCGAAUUUGAACUCUUCCGAGAGGAUGUGAAGCUGGAUGACUCCACAGCCCACCCCCUGCUUAUCGUGUCGGAGGAUGGGAAAAGCGCCCGAUUAGGGCCCAUCUGGAAGAAUCUCCCCCCAAACUCCAACAGGUUCAGCUUGGCCACUUUCGUCCUGGACUCCAAGACCGUGACUUCUGGGAGGCACUUCUGGGAGGUGGAAGUGGGCGAGAAGAGACACUGGGCUGUCGGGAUUUGCCGGGAAUCGGCCAGUAGGAAAGGAAAGAUCAUCCUCAAUCCGCAGAAUGGAUACUGGGCCAUCGGGAGGAGGAGAGGUCAACAGGUCAGCGCCGGCACGGACCCCCACAUGCCCCUUUCCCUGAAACAGCUUCCUCACCGAGUGGGGAUUUAUCUGGACAUGGAGAUGGGGGAAAUCUCCUUUUACAACCCGCAGGAUAGGUCUCACAUCUUCACAUUCCCGAAGAACAUUUUCAAGGAGCCACUGCGGCUCUUUCUCUGUCCUGGAAUUUAA